UAAACCCCGUGGACUCUUCGGCAGGUGGGGGUGUGGCCGCAGCUGAAGGACACUGGUGGUGGCCAAGCCAUGCGCCCCGCAUUCUGGAAUGGACCUGGGGCGAUGGAGCCCGAUGAGGACUACCAGUCCCCCUUUGAUUUUGCCGCCGGAGUGAACAAGGAGUACCUGUACCUGUCUCCCAGGGGGCACCUGUCGCCGCCCGGGUCGCCGGUGCCGCCCAGACUCGGUCUGCUGAGAGCAGACCCAGUCCCCGAGGCUGGAGAGGAUGCUGCUGCCACGAUCAGUGUCACGGAGACCCUGUCUGAGGAGGAGCAAGAAGAGCUGAGGAGCGAGCUUGCCAAGGUGGAAGAGGAGAUCCAGACUCUGUCUCAGGUGCUGGCUGCGAAGGAGAAGCACCUGGCGGAGAUCAAGCGGAAGCUGGGGAUCAGCUCCCUCCAGGAGCUCCGGCAGAACAUUGCCAAAGGGUGGCAGGACGUGACCGCGACGCCUGCAUACAAAAAGACGUCUGAAACCUUGUCUCAAGCCGGACAGAAGGCAUCGGCUGCUUUUGCAUCGGUGGGCUCGGUCAUCACCAAGAAGCUGGAAGAUGUAAAUAUACGCUCCAUUCAGCAUUCAAUUAGCAUGCCCGCUAUGAGAAACUCCCCAACUUUCAAAUCAUUUGAAGAGAAGGUUGAAAACUUAAAGGCAAGUAGAGAGUCUAAAGUAGGGGGGACCAAGCCUGCCGGCGGUGAUUUCGGAGACGUCUUGAAUUCGACUGCCAGUGCUAGUGCCACGGCCACGGAGCCUCUUCCAGAGCAGACCCAGGCGGGCCCGUGAGGUCCUCCCGCUGUCCUGCACCACUGCCAGAUGCUGCCAGCGAGACCCAAGCACAUCUUGUCAGCGUUCAUCGCCGUGAAUCUCACCCCACAUGCUUUCAUUUCGCCUUAUGUAUUCCUUUGACAAUAGUCUGUGGGUUAAACAAAAUAAAAAUAUCUUCACCUCUGUCCCUGGGAAACACCCUUCAAUGUGCCUUUCAGGCCCUUGAUGUAGGAAGCACCAUUACACAAACACGGGUGGUACCUGGGGACCCUUGCUAGGAUGAUUGGCGAAGCGGCAGGCUGUCAGCAUGGCUUUCCUGCUUCCCCAAAUCGCUCUGGAUCUGGGAUGCCAGUUUGGUCUUUGUCUUCUAUGUCAUUUUCUUUUCCUCCUUUUUCAAGCCUCUUUAAGUUUUCUGAAUCCUGGUUAUUAAAAGUCUUGGCAUAAUUUCCUUCACCUCCAAGGGAAGAACUACCAGCUGCAGACAUUGUGGAGUAGACAUUGUUUGGGUGUGAGGUUAUCUUAUAUCUUGGGUGCCUGAAGACAGAAAACUAAGUACAUCAGUUCUACAUCCCACUAGUUAUCUAUAUAUAUAAAAGCCUAAGCAACCCUUAUGACCGAAUGACCGGAACUACCAGUCGACCAGUCACUAUGAUGUGCACUGACCACCAGGGGGCAGACGCUCAACGCAGGAGCUGCCCCCUGGUAGUCAGUGCACUCUCACAGCCAACCUCCUGUGGUCCCUCCCACUGUUUUUCCCCCUGGCCAGCAGGCCCCGAUUGGCUCGGCCCCGAUUCGCCAUGAUCGCAGGCCAGGCCUAGGGACCCCACCCAUGCACGAUUUCGUGCACCGGGCCUCUAGUAGUUUUAUAAGUGACAAUAUGUACAGUAAUUCAAACUCCUUAGUGACUGGAGAGGGACCCCACAUCCUUGUCACCAUUUGUGACAGUAAUCAUUUCAGUGCACUGGUUCUUGUGCCACUUACAUCGCCCUGUUUUUCACUGGAUUAAAGUUGUGUUUCAGAGUAUGCAGGAUAACAUUCUGAAUCAAGCAUGUUGUAUUAUCAGUAGGUUGAUACAGGAACACUCUCUUCAAAUAAUCAAUUCAAAAGCCAGAAGUUUUUUAGACCUAGUUAGAGGUAAAAAUGCUAAAAUCAGUCAUAUUAGGGAAGUCAUUCCUGUCUUCAUUUAAUUCAUUUCCCACCAUUUAAAAAUAAGAAGCACACAGAGUUAUCCAAUAUAAUUUGAACAGAUUUUAUACUAAGGGGUUGGUGAUAACUCCACAGGAUUUAAUGCAUUAAUAAAAAUCAACUCACCAUUUUCUACUGACAUGUUUUCAGUGUGUUAGAAAUUAUUACAUGAUUCUGCAGACAUUGUGCCCUGCUUCAGACACUGCGUGUCAGGACUGAGUGCACCAAAUACUCUGGAAGGAACUGCAUGGAGGCAUGUGCUCUGUUAAUUGUAGCAGCUACUGAUUCGUCACCACUCCCUUUUCCUUCUGCUGUGUAUGGUUAUGGCCUACAAUGUUGUAUUUGUUAUUUAUCAAGUUGUGAUAGUUUUAUUAUUGUUUAUGCCAGAUGUUAAUUGCCAAGCUUGGAGUGACCUAAAGCGUUUUUAAAAAGCAUGGACAGAAAUUAUCUUAGGAAACCACAUUUGAAAAGGCACAGUGUUGAUUGUUCUCAAGUAACAUGCUGCCCGUCUUGAUUAUUAGAGCUUGUUAGCACUUUAGAUGCAAUAGGAACUCUGCUCUAUUAUGUGUAAAAAGCUUAAUAAAUUCUGUAUGCCAAUAGUAUAGAUCUCGAUAUUACUAUGAGACCAAUGGUCUGCAAACAGCUUGUUGUAUUAAAUAAUCAGUGGGUGUCUAUGCUAAAAAAGGGGGGCAUUGUGUUUUACCAUCCCCUUUAAAUCAUCACUUAAUGGGAUUAGGCUAACAUAAAUUAUUUCCUUAUAGAGGAUUUAAGGCGAAGGUCAUUGCAGCAUUGUCCCUGAGGAGAUCUGUAGAAAUAUGUUUCUUUUUAAAAUAGAAAUACUGUGAUUACUCGGCAUAACUGUUAAGUUAUAUUUUUCUACCAACUAUGUCAUCUUUAAGUUUUUUAUCACAAUACCUUUUCAUCAUGUUGUUUCUUGAGCAUCCUGCUGUUAACUAGCUUUUCAACAAGGCAAAAUGGAAUAAGACGGCAACUUUUUAGUUAAGUGAAAUAUCCUCAAGUCUCUUUAGCUUAUGCAGAGAAGUGAUAGAAAUGGGGUAGAAAUGGGAUGUGUGUGUUGGGGUAUAGGCGAUGGCUGUAAAAGGAGAAAUCAGAGAAUCACUACACUUAAUCUAAAAAUGAUUUAGUCUAUUGCAUAGUAAGUUGCCUCUUAAAGUAGUCAAAGUAGGGGGAGGGUGAAUUUAGAAAAAUAGACAUGGAUUUGGAAAUAUUCAAAGUGGUCUUUGUGAGGAUUCCACGUUAUGAACUCAGUUCCCUCUGUUGUGUUUUAUGUUUGACACUAAGAAAACAGCAACUUGAGAGCAAACUCUCAGAUAUUCAAGGAUUCAAGAAGCUUCAGAGGAGAAAAUCACCUCUGAAAUGCCCCCUUCUUACAAAGGAACUGUCUUUGGUUUAUGGAGUUUGUGGGAAUAAACAAAAUUUAUUCAAAGUAAUGACCUCAUUACUUUGCUUAUGAGGUCAAAGUAAUCACUGGGAGAGAACUCACUGGAUAAUCAUCUUGGUAACUCAAACUACUGAAAUAGAGAAAAAAGCAUGUUUAAUUUGGGGUCACUAUUUCUGGAUCUGUUAAUCAAGAAAUGCACACUGUCUAUUUUUCUUUUGUAUAGCAUUGGAAAACAAUAAAAAUUCUAUACUUUG